CAUACAUGCCAUUGAUAGUAAUUUCCAUCUUUUCAUUGCAGCUGUCCUUCAGUCUUUGUCUCUGUUCCCGAGCUAGCUUCUUAACGUUCAAAGAGUUAGCUGCCCGUAAAGAUGGCACCGUCGAUUGAGGAGAUCAGAAAGGCCCAGCGAGCCAGUGGUCCAGCCACCAUCCUGGCCAUUGGCAAGGCCACCCCGUCCAACUGCGUCUCCCAGGCUGACUAUCCUGACUACUACUUCCGGAUCACCAAAAGUGAACACAUGACGGAGUUGAAGGAGAAAUUCAAACGCAUGUGUGACAAAUCUAUGAUCAAGAAACGGUACAUGCACCUAACCGAGGAGAUACUGAAAGAGAACCCUAGCAUGUGUGAAUACAUGGCUCCGUCUCUUGAUGCACGCCAAGACAUGGUGGUUGUGGAGGUGCCAAAGCUAGGAAAAGAAGCAGCAACAAAGGCUAUAAAAGAAUGGGGUCAGCCAAAAUCCAAGAUCACCCACCUUGUAUUCUGUACAACCUCAGGUGUAGACAUGCCAGGUGCUGACUACCAGCUCACCAAGCUCCUCGGCCUGCGUCCCUCCGUAAAGAGAUUCAUGAUGUAUCAGCAGGGCUGCUUCGCCGGCGGGACCGUCCUUCGCUUAGCUAAGGACUUGGCUGAGAACAACAAGGGCUCACGCGUUCUUGUUGUCUGCUCUGAGAUCACUGCUGUCACUUUUCGUGGACCAUCUGAUACUCACUUGGAUUCAAUGGUAGGUCAAGCGCUUUUUGGCGAUGGUGCUGCAGCAGUUAUUGUAGGUGCUGAUCCUGACACUUCCAUUGAGCGUCCAUUAUUCCAGCUUGUCUCAGCUGCACAAACCAUCCUUCCUGACUCUGAUGGGGCCAUCGAUGGACACUUACGUGAGGUUGGUUUAACCUUUCACCUGCUAAAGGAUGUUCCUGGGCUAAUCUCUAAGAACAUAGAGAAAAGCCUGGUUGAAGCAUUCGCUCCAAUUGGUAUCAACGAUUGGAACUCCAUAUUUUGGAUUGCACACCCUGGUGGCCCCGCGAUUCUUGACCAGGUUGAGAUUAAGCUAGAUCUAAAGGAAGAGAAACUGAGAGCUACAAGAAACGUUCUGAGUGAUUAUGGCAACAUGUCAAGUGCUUGUGUUUUGUUUAUCUUGGACGAGAUGAGAAACAAGUCUCUCGAGGAAGGGAAAAGCACCACCGGUGAAGGGCUUGAGUGGGGUGUUUUGUUUGGAUUCGGACCAGGACUCACCGUUGAGACAGUGGUGUUACACAGCGUUCCAGUGGAAUAAACAAUUUGCUCAUGAGCCAUGAAUUACGAAGUUCGACGAAGCUGGAGACAACCUGCGGUAGUGGAAAGCAUGUCCUAUCAUCAUAAGCAUAUAAAAAAUAAGAUCGUCCGACCAGCAAUAUAUAUUGGGCAGUUAUAUGCUAAGGUUGCUUUUAAGGGUGUUAAUGUAAGGUUUUUAUUCUUUCUGUGUGUCGUCGGUGAGUCCAUUUUUUAGUGUCAGAAAGCUUUUAUUCCUCCGUGGCCUUGUCAUAUCAGGGGAUGGUUAAUCCACGUCUAGAUCCCAGCCGUUCUCCCUGUAUCUCUUGUGGAUUUAAUUUCUUAAAAGGCAAUGUAUUCUUGACUAUUAAUUUCAAGUAU